AUGGUCAUUAUCACUAUUGGUGCAUUUUGCACUCUCUUACGUUCUCCAUCGAUUCAUGAAGCAGAUCAUAUAUCGAGCACAGUUUCGAGGUCAAGUUCGGUAGAUAGAUUGAUCAUACAUGACAAACCCGGGAUAAACCGAAGCUAUUAUUCGUCUCAUUUAGACAUCAAUUGGGCGGAAGUUUCUGUUGCGAUCGGGAAAUUUACCGACAGUUACAAAGGAAUAGGGCUGUUAAAUUUCAUCGACCAAGAAAUCAACGAGUGGAAGCAGUUAGUACCUCGUGCUAAGCAUGUUGUACUUUCCGUUAGUUACGCUUCUCCUAACAUCACUUGGGAAACACUUUAUCCCGAAUGGCUUGACGAGGAAGAGGAAUAUGAAGUGCCAGCCUGUCCUGAUCUGCCAAGAAUCAGCUUAGCUGGAAAACCGCGAUUGGACCUCAUAGCCGUGAAGCUUCCGUGUAAUAAAUCGAGCAAGUGGUCGAGGGAUGUGGCUCGUUUGCACCUCCAGCUGGAAGCCGCCAGGCUGGCAGCAACUGUCAAGGGGAACCAUUCGGUGCAUGUUCUUCUCGUAACCGAAUGUUUUCCGAUUCCGAAUUUGUUCGCUUGCAAAGAGUUGAUUGUGAGGGAAGGGAAUGUGUGGGUUUAUAAGCCGAAACUAAGCGAUUUGAGAGAGAAGGUUCGCUUGCCGGUUGGGUCGUGUGAACUCUCACUUCCUCUGAAUUCUGAAGAAAAGUCUUACACAGUCAGCAAUCUUAAGCGCGAAGCUUACGCAACAAUCCUCCACUCAGCCCACGCGUAUGUGUGUGGGGCCAUCACCGCAGCCCAAAGCAUCCGCAUGUCGGGCUCAUCACGCGACCUCAUUGUCCUCGUUGAUGAUGCCAUUACACCUCACCACCGCGCGGGCCUCGAGUCCGCGGGCUGGAAGGUCCGGCCCAUUCUCCGUGUCCGCAACCCAAAAGCCGAGCCCGAAGCCUACAAUGAGUGGAACUACAGCAAAUUCCGCCUCUGGCAACUCACCGACUACGACAAGGUCAUCUUCAUUGACGCGGACCUCCUCAUCCUCCGCAACAUCGAUUUCCUUUUUCAGAUGCCCGAGAUAUCCGCCACGGCUAACAACGCCACCCUCUUCAACUCGGGCGUCAUGCUAGUCGAGCCCUCGGAGUGCACGUUCCAACUUCUAAUGGACCACAUUAACGAGAUCGAAUCGUACAACGGCGGUGACCAAGGCUACCUAAACGAGGUCUUCACGUGGUGGCACCGAAUUCCGAAGCGCAUGAAUUUCCUGAAGAACUUUUGGGAAGGAGACGAGCCUUCGUGGAAGGAAGCGAAGACCCGCAUGUUUCGGGCUGACCCGCCCGUUCUCUACGUGCUUCACUACUUGGGCCUCAAGCCAUGGAUGUGCUUUCGAGACUUCGAUUGCAACUGGAAUGUGGAGAUUCUAAGGGAGUUUGCAAGUGACGAGGCCCACUCGACUUGGUGGCGGGCCCACGAUGCCAUGCCUCGGGAGCUGCAGAAAUAUUGCUUGCUUAGGUCGAAGCAAAAGGCAGCGCUCGAGUGGGAUCGGAGGCAAGCGGAGAUGGGGAAUUUUAGCGACGGGCAUUGGAGGAUUAAGGUGAAAGACGAGCGUUUGAGUACGUGUUUCGAGGAUUUUUGCUUUUGGGAGAGCAUGUUGUGGAAUUGGGGGAAGUCGAAUAGGACGGUGGGCGUGCAAAAGACGGGUUCACGCUCUUCUUUGUAA